UGGGCCUGUAAGAAGCGCGGCAAAACGCAAAGCACGCCGGGAUAGGCAGAAGGGUGGCCCGCAAAGCUCCUGGUUCUUGCUGCGGCCCCCGCUUUCCUAACUGCUCCUCCGUGGAGCUACUACGGCCGUUAGAGGGCGCCCUCUUCGCAGCCCUCAGGGUCUCGAAUACGGCUCUCAAUCAGGCGCGGCGCUGGGCAGCCCGGGGUCCUUCUGGGAGCGAGGUGAGAGGUCGCCGUGUGGUGCGCCGGCUGCCGCUGGUUCAGGCGCUGGCGGGGACGGACGGGUCGCUGGCUGGGUCAGUCAGUCAGUCGCCGCGGGCCGGAGCUGCGGAGAGACCACCCCGCCCCUCACCAUGUCCUACUGCCGGGAAGAAGGAAAAGACAGAAUUAUAUUCGUGACCAAAGAGGACCAUGAGACGCCAAGCAGUGCAGAACUGGUAGCAGAUGACCCCAAUGACCCUUAUGAAGACCAAGGAUUGAUAUUGCCUAAUGGAGAUAUCAAUUGGAAUUGCCCGUGCCUUGGUGGAAUGGCUAGUGGUCCCUGUGGGGAACAAUUCAAAUCGGCCUUUUCCUGUUUCCACUAUAGCACAGAAGAAAUAAAAGGAUCGGACUGUGUGGACCAGUUCCGUGCCAUGCAGGAGUGCAUGCAGAAGUAUCCAGACCUUUACCCUCAAGAAGAUGAUGAAGAGAGAGAAAAUCAGAGCAAAGAUUUGGAAACUACUCCUGCAGAGGCUGCGGUAGCCAAAGAGGAUAAGGGAUCUAGCUAAUGAAGAUGCAUGGAGGCUCUUGUCUCCACUCCUUAAAAAUCAGAGACAUGGAUGUUUUGAAAAGUGUCUGUCUUUUGAGUCUUCAAGAAGUGUUUCACCUUUAAUGUUCUAUACACUGUAUUGUAUGAAAUAACUUAUUACAGGGCAGAGACCUCAGCCCUGUGGUCUUGCAAAUAAACACUGCAGAAAGAGCAAGUAUAUAUGUAGGUACUGUGUAAACUGUUAGUGGGUACAGCCACUGCUUUAAAAAAAAAAAUUCUCCAGUUCUCAGUUUGCAGAUUGGGUUGAAUAAUGUCUUUAAAAGUAUAAAACAUACUUUUUUCAACCAAAAAGUUCCAUUAGCCAGCGUGUCCGGUCUAUAUCCAUUUCAGUUCAUUCUGAUCAGUAGUUGUUCCUUUUCAAUGUGUUCUGUGCUGUUGAUAGGAAAAGCAUUUUGUGAAAUUUCUUAAAGCUUCUCUGCUAGAGAAUAGCCUUUAAAGUUGGAAAGGAGCUAAGCUUAGAAGUUGCAAACUCCAUAAUUUCAAAUGGCACUAAAAGGUAUUGGCUGCAUAUACUACUGAUUCCAGGUAAAGAUUUCCAGAAACUAAAGUUAAAAUGUGUGGCUUUUUUAAUUUUGUGAAUUGAAUAUGGCUCUUGCCUUUUGAAAAUGGUGGUGUGUUGAGCAGUUUUAUCAAAAACUAUCAAGUGAAUGGGAAGAAUGCUGAUCACUGUGUUCCUUUGUUCUGAAAGCCCUGCUUUUGAGGUCCCUCUGUUAGUACCUGUUCCUUCUGUAUAGACAAGUUCUUACAAUAUACCAUUGACAAUAAAAUUGAAAUGUUACCCGGAGUAACACCCUCAGAGCAGAUACUGUGACUUGAGCACAUAUUAAAAAAGCAAAAUCUUUUUAA